GCGGCCGUGGCUACUACUGCAAUGUCCCCAGAGAUGGCCCGCCAGUAUGUCAGACUGCUCGACGUCGACCCGCAGCGCGAGCGGGUGCUCUUCCACGCCUUCAUGCAGUGCCUGGCGCGGGAGCUUCCCGAGGGCUGGAGCCUCCGAUCGGAUCCGCAGGGGCGCUGCUAUUUCUGGCACUCCGAGAGCGAGCAGAGCCUGUGGACGCACCCGGACAACGACAUCUACAGCUCCGUCGUCCGCAUCUAUCCGGAAGGGGCGCCGCGCCGGGGCGCCGCGCCGGGG